GUAACAAGUAAGUGUCUUUUGAAUUUGUGUUGUCAAUGUCAAGGUCCUAUUACAGACUCGCCGUAGUUUAACACCGUCAUUUACUAGUGUUCACCGGUUUUGUGUUUCACCACAUACGUUUGCUCUGUUCACUAAUUGUGGACUGACGAUACGUACAUACAUACAGGCGUCAUCAUAUCUCACAAUUGCAGGCCACAAAUAUCAGCCAAGUAUCAGAAAAUGAGUUGCAACAACAUAGUUUCUUGGAUGCUUAUAACAUUCACUGCUGCUAUAUCAUGUGUCUUGACUUAUGUAUUCUCUAGAUACCAACACGAUCCUUACAUGGAUGAAGUUUUUCAUGUUCGCCAAACAUUAAAAUAUAUUCAAGGAAACUGGAAGUUCUGGGACAGCAAGAUCACCACACCUCCCGGUCUUUAUGUGGCUUAUGUGUCCGCUCACAGAGUUUUGAGUUCAUUAGGUGUACUUCCACCUGAACCUACUGCAGUUCAUUUUAGGUUUUCGAGUGUUCUGUUCAGUAUAAUUAAUCAUAUAAUUAUACUUAGGCUCGUUAAAAUCAUGAAAUGCAACUCUCCUAAUAUUCUAGCCAUCACUAUUGCAUCAGAACCAUUAUUCCUCUUUUUCUCUGCUUUCUACUACACUGAUCAUUGCUCGAUUUUAUUCGUCAUGGCGUCUGUCUACUUUAGUUUAUUACAUCGCGACUGGUUAAGUGCUCUGUUUGUCUCCUAUGCUGUCUUCACACGCCAAUCAAAUAUUAUAUGGGUUCCUCUUCUUAUGUGCAUCCACACUUCCGGGAGCCUAUCACAAAAUAUGUUCGGACAUGACCGAUGUCCCUCAACCAUGUGGAUCAAAAGAUUACUGUACAUGUUCAUUACACAUCCACUUUCUGUCAUACUUGUUAUGCUGAAAAGUGUCUUCCGACCGUGUUUACCUUUUGUCCUAGUUUUAGUUUCGUUCAUAUCUUUUGUUAUUAUAAAUAAAGGUAUUGUUUUGGGUGAUAGAGAAGCACAUACUGCAGUUUUGAACAUCCCUCAAUUUUUUUACUUUGCUACUUUUUGUGCACUUUCUACUCCUAUUCAGUUUGUGGGUUUCAUAGUAGAUAGCAUAAAAUCACUUAAAAACUUGCUUGUUAAUCGAAGUUGGAGGAUAUUGAGUAUAUUUCUUCUGCUCACACUACUUUUUGUCCUAAUUAUAUUAUCUUUGAAGUAUUGUCUUUUUAUUCAUCCUUAUUUGAUUUCUGACAAUAGGCAUUAUACUUUUUAUAUCUGGCGAAAAAUCAUAUAUAGAAAUGUUUCCACGUAUUAUGGUCUGUCUGUUUUUUACCUGGUAGCGACAGCGUACUUUGUGAACACCUUGUUCUUUUCUUAUCGAAACAUACCAUUCGGUCCUUUUAUAGAACGCUUAGUUUUGUUAGUGUGCACUUUCAUUGUUGUAAUUGCUUCUGGUUUACUCGAAUUACGAUAUUUCUUGAUCCCAUUUGUAUUAUGGCGCAUCUUCUCCUUUUCACAUACUCAUUAUAAGUAUUUGCUAUGUGAAGUUUUGUGGAAUUUAUUGAUUGUGUUUAUUACAGCAUAUCUCUUCAUCUUUAAGCCGUUUGAAUGGCCAAGUGAACCUGGUGUGUAUCAAAGGUUUAUGUGGUAGCUUUUUUUUAAUGCCUUUUAAAUAACAUUUUAUUCAUGUCUAAACGCGCAUUAAUGUGACUGAGAUUUACUGCAAAUAUCGAAUGACUGUGAUGCGAGCUGUUUAAAUCGUAACUAAUUUACGUGCAACACUUAUUUGUUUAUGAAAUGUAUUUUUAAACUUGGAACUUGUUCUUAAAAAUACCGUGACAGUUGUUACUAGUCAGCCGAGUUACUUCAAAUGCUUACGGUUGAUAAUUAUUUUUUUUACUAUGUAACAAAAACAAUCAUCUACUGUGUUCUAGUAUUCUGGACGACACUUAAAAUAACCUACUGUAUAUAAUUCAAGCAUUGGCUAUUCUGUUGUUUUUUUCAAAUGAAGAAAUACGAAAUUUUUUAUGUGGAUAGGGAUUAAGAUAUUUAAACAUAUCUCGAAGACAUUACUUUUAUGAACUACGUAUAUAUGGUUCAUAUGGUCUUUAGAAGUUAUUACGACGGGAAGAGUUACGAGGCUGCAUUAAAUAUAUUCUAAUGCAACAUCAAUUCGUGUAGUUCUCAGCAAACUGUCAAGAUACUUAUUGAUAUCUCUCUAAUAUGUUUAACUAGAAAUAAAGUCAGAUGAUUUAUAAAUCUGUAGUUUCAAAAUUUAAUUUAGAAUUUUAUUUUUAGAACUUAUUGUUA